CCGUGAUCGCACACUCAGCCUCGCCCGCCGCCUGCUAUCCUCGCCGCUCACAACGAGCACUUCUUACCAACGCAGCCGCCGCGGAUGCCGAUGAGCGCACGCCGCUGGCGCUGGGGACAUCGCAGUUCGGAUGCCGCCGCCGACUCACCCCAUCGUCGUGCGUCCCACCCGUCCGCUCGCGUAUUCUCAUCGAAGAAGACGACUAGAUCCUCGGCCACGCCACUGCCACAACGGUCUAGACAUCCACGCCACCAACUGGAAGCUGGACUCCCACUCCGACGUGAUCCAAGCCAACUACCAUGUCCAUCUCUGCAUCGAGAGCAUCCCUCUGAACUCCUGGUCUGAUUCCGUCGCGGCUCAAGUGCCGGGGCCGAACACCUUCGUCCAUUACUUCGACGUCGCCACGCUUCGACAGGAAGACGCCUCCUGCCUCAGGCUGUGGGCGUGGUCGGCUGAUCCCUCGGCCAUCCCCAAGGUGCAGAAUGUUACCAUCGCCCCGCGGGUUGCCACUGGAGUUGGAGGUGCUCCGUCCUCGGCCAUUGGACACAGAGGCUCUCGCCGACGCGCCAUCGUGCACUUGGACAGGAUCGAAGACUACACGCCCGACGCCGCCGGCAACAUCCCGCGCCGUCCACUCAUCGACCCAUUCACCUGGCGUUUUGGGGUGGUGGACGGCGAGGAUAGAGCGAGGGACCGCCAUGAGCCACCUCCUCGCCACCGUGACGACGACGAACGCCACCGCAGAGAUGACGACCGAGACCGGGAAGAUCGUCGUGGACGCGACAAUGACAGGUCGCGGUCCUCCACCUCCUGGCGGGACCGCUUCUUCCGCAGCAGGUCACGGGCGCCUGAGCGCCGCGCGGACGAGGAUCGCCAGGACUCGCGCCGCGAAGACCGUGGGCGCUACGGACGGCGCCGUGCUCGGAACGGCUCCCUGGAGCGCGCGGCGGAUGGGGGCCCUGCUGAGGGCCGGGCUCGUGGGCGCUCGCUGCCGCCUUCUCCGCGCACUACGUCCAGCGAUGUGAUUGAGAUCGCUACCUCUGCUUAUGGCUGGGGUUGGCUCUGUGGAACCGCGGGCCUGGUGAACAAGGUCCAGCCCUCCCUCACACUGGAUGACCGGCAUGACGGCAACGAGAGGCUCCUGCCGACGCAAGAUGUGUUGGCCACGCCUGCCCCAACUCCGACCUCGCCCUCCUUGCUGCUCUGGAUAACCACAACGAGCUCCACACCGGAAUUUGUUCUGGCCACACCAACACCACCCCGUUUGGAGUUACAGCCUGAAGACAACUCCUUCAUCAGCAACUGCAGGCCAGCAUCGAAUCAGCAAAGCUUGGAGGCAGAACAUGAAGCGAACUCCAACAGCUCCAACAACGAGUCACCAACGGUCCUCUCUGAUCGUCCAGAACAGCUGGAAGACGAAGAAGCAGUUGUCACGCCCAUCUUCAUCCCGCGUAUGCCGGCGCUGCUUCCAACUCCAGCUCCAGGCUCCACUCCCCCUAGACGCCCAACUACACGCAGGAAGACUCUAGCUGGAGUGUCUGGUUUUCAGCUACAGAGACAGAGCCCCCGGCUACGUGCUAAGAAGAGAAAGAUGCCAAUUGCCAAACUCGCGGAGCAACUUCUAUGUCGCCGCAUGGGGAUCGUUGCUGAUGGUCAGCAAGUCACUGAGGAGGCUAUCGUCAAGUUUGCAGAGAUGUUCCAGGGGCGACUGCCGGACAUGGCAGUGGCGGCCUUGCGUGCCCUGUUCCAGCUUGACUGUGAUCUCGCCUCGGCGGUUGAAGAUGCCCUCAUCCAGCAUGGGGGAGAAGGAGGCCCGGACCUGAGCGAGCCUGCCGCGGCGGAUGCUUGAAUGCUGCUGCCUUUCCAUGAUGUAGCCCAGUUUCUCAUGUUAGUCUACCUUAGUACUGCUGGUUAUACGCCUGUUUUCAGAUGCUUGUGCAUGCUGAUGCUGUCGGUCCUGGCGAGACCUAUGUGUUUAAUGUUGUUUCCCCGGGUGUGUGUUAGUCCUGAUGUAAGCUUGGUGAAGCCAUGUUAGAACAAAAUCUAUCCAUUCUGUGUUGGAAUGUUCGUGGGCUAAAUUGCCCUGAUCA